CGCUCCGAAUUUCAUUUCAGAAACACCGGAGUAGAAGCAUUUUCGUAACUUUUACAUUUUAUUAUUUCGUUCUUUAAUUUUUAGCGAAGAUUCAAUUCUUUUAACAUGGAACAGCUCAAACUAUCACUUCAAUUUUUACUAACACUUCAUCUAUUAGCAUCAGGUGCAGUAUCAACAACAACGUUCACCGUCGUUAACAAAUGCGACUACUCGGUGUGGCCAGGCAUUCUCUCAAACGCAGGAAUCGCGCCGCUUCCAACAACCGGUUUCCUUCUCCAAACCGGUGAGUCCAAAACCGUAACCGCUCCAACCUCUUGGGGUGGCCGUUUAUGGGGCCGCACUCUCUGCACGCAAGACUCCGCCGGAAAAUUCUUCUGCCUCACAGGCGACUGUAGCUCCGGCACAAUCGAAUGUGCGGGCAAAGGCGCCUUGCCGCCCGCGACCUUGGCCGAGUUCACUCUCGACGGCGACGGAGGCCUCGAUUUCUUCGACGUGAGCCUCGUGGACGGUUACAACGUGCCGAUGCUGGUGGCUCCCCGGGGUGGCUCCGGCGAUAACUGCACAAGCACGGGGUGCGUUGGGGACCUCAACGGCGCGUGCCCUUCGGAGCUUAGGGUUACAAGCGUGGAUGGUAAACAGAGCGUGGCGUGUAGGAGCGCGUGCGAGGCGUUCGGGUCGCCGCAGUAUUGCUGCAAAGGCGCGUAUGGGUCUCCCAACACUUGCAAGCCUACGGCAUAUUCGCGGAUUUUCAAGAACGCUUGCCCACGCGCCUACAGCUACGCGUAUGAUGACAGGACCAGCACUUUUACAUGUGGACACUCUGCGGAUUACACCAUCACCUUCUGCCCUUCCCCUAAAGAUAACCCCAGUCAGAAAUCGUGGCAGGGGCAAAACCCGAAAUCAGAUAGCAGCAGUAGUUGUUCUUCUUCUUCUGAGUCGCCGCCAGUUAACAAUGGCACAAUGGUGUAUAUGGAUGAAAGUGAAUUUCCAUGGUCAGUAGGUACCCGUGUGACUGUGAAGGAAUCUCAAGCCAUUGCUGGUUUUGUCAGUAUCACCAUUGCUCUUUGGCUCUUGUGCAACUUAUAGUAACCACUUCCUCCUCCACCUUUUUUCUAAAUAUUACGCCCAUCAUCAACCCAUGUUUCUAUGCCUAGGAAAGUGGUCGGAUCCUAUCCAUCACUUGUCUGGUUUAAUAUGUCCUCGUGGCCCACGUGAGUUGAGCAGGGCCCACAAGCAGCAACCAUGAUCACAACUCACAAGCAAUCGGGUCAUUUUAAAUGCACCCCUCGAUGGAACUCCACCACCUUCCAAGUUGUUUUUUUGUGCCAAAAAGAAGAAUCCGAUGUUGUAGCUAUGGUUAUUCCUGCUCAAUGGUGAAGAUAGAUAAACAGGGAGUGGGGCAUUUGAAUGAUCUUUUUCCUUGUAGUUUUCUUGUUUAGUUAAAUAGGUAUACUGCAUAAUUCUUUGCUAUUUGGGCGAUGCAUUCAUUUACUGCCAUCUCUACUUUCACCA